GGGAUCUAUCAUUUUACAUGAGCUCCCGGCAUUUCAGCAUCGAACCAAGUCAAGCCGGCAGCGCCCUCUGUGCAAGAGCCAAGCAUGACCGUGCCACGCGCUCUCUCGCGAUGAUUCGGAGACAUGAUGGACUGCUCCUCGCGCGGAGAACCUCUCUUCGGCCACGAAGCAGGACCACUGGCACUCUACCACCGCAAUAUCCGUAUGGUGCACCUAUCUGAGCAAUCGUCUCCUCAUUCUCCUUCCUUUGUCCAUGUCCAGCCCUGAAUCGAAGUCUUUGGGAACGAUGAAUCGGGUCUUGUCGCGUGGGGCUUAUUCUGAUGAUCUCUGUUGCGUUUUCCCAUGCACUUACUACUGGGAAGCCUUCCCUUCUAUUCGGGCCGCGAUUAAUACCCUUGGCACUCUCGUUGUUUUCUUAUGCCAUUGGCUGUCGGAUUCUACAUUGCUCAAAAUAGUACGGUCCCUUCGUGCCCGAUCUUCACCGGGCGACGGCAAAUAAGGAGCUUGCACGCGCAAAGGCCCGCCAAAGUCCGUUCCAGUUAAUCAAUGCCUGAGUCCAGGUAAUCCACUCGAACCCUCAUGCAUCGUGUGCUCAUUCCAUACUUUUGUCUACACGCCUCGGCGGCCUUUCGGUUUCUGCCGUUCUACAUCUUGCUUUCUGGCGCGUCAGCAACAUUUACGAGCGUCCCAGUUGUAGAGUGAUCUCGGAUCUGCUCCCCGCGAGAAGGGGAGCGGACUGCAGUGCGUCAACGACUCCCGGAACCAACCUGCCAAGUUGCUCGAAAUGCGAGGUGGUGCCACAUCCGGCCCGCCAAUCCCUCGCUGGGAUAUCUUCGACCUUUUCUAGCAUUAUGAUCACGGGGGUCGACAAAACGUAUAUGAGUGUGGCACCUUCCUUGCGCAAUCCACUGUUCUCUGUGUGUGAUUUAUCUUCCGUCGCAACCCGCCCCAAAUUCAUCGUUCCACUCGAUAUCAUAGUUUAUCUUGAUUAAUGUGCCGUUACAAUCGCUCCAGCGCUGGUCACCCCAGCGGGUGAAUUGUUAUUAUAAUGAAUU